CGGCGGCAGGCAGAUCGGAGACUGCAGGUGGCAACACCUCUUCUCAUCAGCUAGUCUUGUUCUUCGGCCCAGGGUGGGGUCCCACCAAGUAGCCCGUGCACCAGCUUAGAAGCGCCCCGACCUGGGAGGCAGUGGGUGCUGAGAAGGGGCGUCUCGGGGAGAGCGCACCAAUCGCCGCGCGCGCGCUGCCUUGGACUUGGCCACGCAGAACUGAGCCCUCGGGCUGCUCUCAGCGCGUAGCCCGCCGCGGCCGAACAGCGGGCUGUCGAGGCCCUUCGGAAGCCGGGCACCAAAGCUGCCAUGAUGAUGCUGGUGACCUCCCUGGCGAAGUCACCACCGUAUGCCGACGCGAAGACCUAGGCGAGCCAAGGUGCCAGGCACCAGUCGACUUCCAGCCUGCAGUGGCUCCUCUCUAUCGCUUCUUCUAUCCCUAUGCUUUCCAAGGACUUGGAAGAGGAGAGGUGGCCAGAUAGCUUGCUGGUUCGCUCUGGUGGCCAAGUUUGGGAGGCUGGCACUCAGACACUUCAGAGCUGACCGCUACCAUCGCCAAGCUGUGCCCAGGGCGCUGACCUGCAUCCCUCUCCCCUUUACAUCCGGAGAAAUGUGGCGAAAGGGGAGGUGGUGUCCAGAGCUGACAGUCUAUCAUUACAUGGGGGAGGGGGGACGCAAGUGAUUGGGGGACUAAGGUAGCUUCGGUGAUACCCAGUAAGUAAGCCGCUGCCACGGCCUGGGGGAGGCGCAGAUGCCACCUAAUCUGUGGUGCCCACGAUUCGACACUUAGACCAGGUCACUCAGUCAAGAGGCUGAGCGCUCGGUCCGCUGCCUCCUGGGACCAUUUGAGACCCCGCAGAGCCUCAUUCGCCUGGUUCCCCAGACACCAGCCACGGGAAAGUUCUGGUCGCCCAGGCUAUCCUUGCUGUCUGCUGUACGCCCUCUGCUCUGGGCUCUGCAAGUGCCAACUUGGGUCAAGAGAAACGCUAGGGUCCCCAGAACUGCACCUUCACCGCCCGACUGGACAUCCCUACCAACCCCCAGUACCCUCCUUCAGGCACCUUCCCCCCGCCCCCGUCCUCCUUCCCCUCCCCCAAACUACAGCCUGAGCUCGCUCUUGCGCGCGCGCUCUCUUGGGCCCAAGUGAAUAGUCCUCGCUUGAGCGGGACACGGCGGUGGAUGCAAUUCCCCUCGCCUCCAGCCGCCAGGAGCUCCCCGGCGGCGGCGCAGGCAGCAUCCUCCUCCGAAGCAGCUGCUCCUGCACCUGGACAGCCUGGACCCUCGUGCCCUGCUCACGGGGCCUCACGCGGGGGGCGCCCCGGGACUUCCCCUGCGGGCCGGGUGGAGGAGGAAGAGGAGGAGGAAGAAGAAGAGAGCUUGGACCAGGACCCCCACCCUACCAGGAACACCUGGCUGCGCGACUGCCACUUCUUCUUAAGGGGGAGAAGAGAGCCAGCGCGAGCCAUGGGGGGCUGCGAAGUCCGGGAAUUUCUUUUGCAAUUUGGUUUCUUCUUGCCCCUGCUGACAGCUUGGACAGGCGACUGCAGUCAUGUCUCCAACCAAGUUGUGUUGCUUGAUACAACGACGGUGAUGGGAGAGCUAGGAUGGAAAACAUAUCCACUAAACGGGUGGGAUGCCAUUACUGAAAUGGAUGAGCACAACAGGCCCAUACAUACGUACCAGGUAUGCAACGUCAUGGAACCAAACCAGAACAACUGGCUGCGGACUAAUUGGAUCUCUCGUGAUGCUGCACAGAAAAUUUAUGUGGAAAUGAAGUUCACACUGAGGGAUUGUAACAGCAUCCCGUGGGUCUUGGGAACUUGUAAAGAAACAUUUAAUCUGUAUUAUAUAGAAUCGGAUGAAUCCCAUGGGACAAAAUUCAAGCCAAGCCAAUAUGUAAAGAUCGACACAAUUGCCGCUGAUGAGAGUUUUACUCAGAUGGAUUUGGGUGAUCGAAUCCUUAAACUCAACACUGAAAUUCGUGAGGUGGGACCCAUAGAAAGGAAAGGAUUUUAUUUGGCUUUUCAAGACAUUGGAGCUUGCAUAGCCCUGGUCUCAGUCCGUGUUUUCUACAAAAAAUGUCCCUUCACUGUACGGAACUUGGCUAUGUUUCCUGAUACCAUCCCAAGGGUUGAUUCUUCCUCUUUGGUUGAAGUGCGGGGCUCAUGUGUGAAGAGUGCUGAAGAGCGGGAUACUCCUAAACUCUACUGUGGAGCUGACGGAGAUUGGCUUGUUCCUCUUGGAAGGUGUAUCUGCAGUACAGGAUAUGAAGAAAUUGAGGGUUCUUGCCAUGCUUGCAGACCAGGAUUCUACAAAGCAUUUGCUGGGAACACGAAAUGUUCCAAAUGCCCUCCACACAGUUCGACCUACGUGGAAGCAACUUCUAUCUGUCAGUGUGAAAAGGGUUACUUCAGGGCAGAAAAAGACCCACCUUCUAUGGCAUGUACCAGGCCACCUUCAGCUCCUAGAAAUGUGGCUUUUAACAUCAAUGAAACAGCCCUUAUUUUGGAAUGGAGCCCACCUAGUGACACAGGAGGGAGGAAGGAUCUCACAUACAGUGUAAUCUGUAAGAAAUGUGGCUUAGACACCAGCCAAUGUGAGGACUGUGGUGGAGGACUCCGCUUCAUCCCAAGACAUACUGGACUGAUCAACAAUUCUGUGAUCGUACUUGACUUCGUGUCUCAUGUCAAUUACACCUUUGAAAUAGAAGCCAUGAAUGGAGUCUCUGAGCUGAGCAUUUCUCCCAAGCCAUUCACAGCUAUUACAGUGACCACAGAUCAAGAUGCACCUUCUCUGAUAGGUAUGGUGAGGAAGGACUGGGCAUCCCAAAACAGCCUUGCCCUAUCAUGGCAAGCACCUGCUUUUUCCAAUGGAGCUGUUCUGGACUAUGAGAUCAAGUACUAUGAAAAAGAGCAUGAGCAGCUCACCUAUUCUUCCACGAGGUCCAAGGCCCCCAGUGUCAUCAUCACAGGUCUCAAGCCAUCCACCAAGUACAUAUUUCAUAUCCGAGUGAGGACUUCGACAGGAUACAGUGGCUACAGUCAGAAGUUUGAAUUUGAAACAGGAGACGAAACUUCUGAUAUGGCAGCAGAACAAGGGCAGAUCCUGGUAAUAGCCACGGCAGCUGUCGGGGGAUUCACACUCCUUGUCAUCCUCACUCUGUUCUUCCUCAUCACUGGGAGGUGUCAAUGGUACAUAAAGGCCAAAAUGAAAUCAGAGGAGAAGAGAAGGACACACUUACAGAAUGGCCACAUGCGCUUCCCAGGAAUUAAAACAUACAUCGAUCCAGACACCUAUGAAGACCCAUCCUUAGCAGUCCAUGAAUUUGCAAAAGAGAUUGAUCCUUCAAGAAUUCGCAUUGAGAGAGUUAUCGGAGCAGGUGAAUUUGGGGAAGUCUGCAGUGGGCGUUUGAAGACACCAGGGAAAAGGGAGAUCCCAGUGGCCAUUAAAACACUGAAGGGUGGUCAUGUGGACCGACAAAGAAGAGAUUUUCUGAGAGAAGCUAGCAUCAUGGGUCAGUUUGACCACCCAAACAUCAUUCGCCUAGAAGGUGUUGUCACCAAAAGAUCCUUCCCAGCGAUUGGAGUGGAAGCCUUCUGCCCCAGCUUCCUGAGGGCUGGGUUUUUAAACAGCAUCCAGGCCCCACAUCCAGUGACAGCAGGAGGAUCUCUGCCCCCCAGGAUUCCUGCUGGCCGACCAGUAAUGAUCGUGGUAGAGUACAUGGAGAAUGGAUCCCUCGACUCCUUUUUGCGGAAGCAUGAUGGCCACUUCACUGUCAUCCAGUUGGUCGGCAUGCUGCGGGGUAUCGCAUCAGGCAUGAAGUAUCUUUCUGAUAUGGGAUAUGUUCAUCGAGACCUGGCAGCCAGAAACAUACUGGUGAACAGCAACUUAGUGUGCAAAGUCUCUGACUUCGGUCUCUCCCGAGUACUGGAAGACGAUCCAGAAGCAGCGUAUACAACAACUGGUGGGAAAAUUCCUAUACGGUGGACAGCCCCGGAAGCUAUUGCCUACAGAAAAUUCUCUUCAGCAAGUGAUGCAUGGAGCUAUGGCAUUGUCAUGUGGGAGGUGAUGUCCUACGGAGAGAGACCAUACUGGGAAAUGUCCAACCAGGAUGUAAUUUUGUCCAUUGAAGAAGGUUACAGACUUCCUGCUCCGAUGGGCUGCCCACCAUCCCUGCACCAGCUGAUGCUCCAUUGCUGGCAGAAAGAAAGAAACCACAGGCCAAAAUUUACCGACAUCGUCAGCUUCCUUGACAAACUGAUCCGCAAUCCCAGUGCCCUUCACACACUGGUGGAGGACAUCCUUGUAAUGCCAGAAUCCCCUGGUGAUGUUCCUGAAUAUCCAUUGUUCGUCACAGUUGGUGACUGGUUGGAUUCUAUAAAGAUGGGUCAAUACAAGAGUAACUUCAUGGCAGCAGGCUUUACAACGUUUGAUCUGAUUUCAAGAAUGAGCAUUGAUGAUAUUAGACGAAUUGGAGUCAUACUCAUUGGACAUCAGAGACGAAUAGUCAGCAGCAUACAGACUUUACGUUUACAUAUGAUGCACAUACAGGAGAAGGGAUUUCAUGUAUGAAAGUACAAUGAACACCUGUAUUUUGUGCCUCAGCAUUUCUACAAAGAAAGAUAUACCCUCUACGACUCAUUCUUCUGAUUCUCCAGACAUCCCUUCAUCACAACCCACAGUCUCCUGUUCAGACUAUGGCCGCACACCUUAGGUUUAUGCUUCCACCCUGGAUUUAAGUAUCACGCUACAACAGGUCCUCUCCGAAUAGCCUGCAAAUAAAACUCUGGCCCACUGCAGAUUAUCACUACUACAUAAUGAUAAAUAACUCAGCAUGAAUGUAUAACUUUGUAUAGAAAUGUUUGGGAAGUGUUCAUGGACUUAAUCUAAAGGAAUUUGUCCAGGUGUGGCAUCUUCAAGAUGUAUGUAGAGUUUGAUGGUAGAUAAGAAAGAAAUAGUUGAUCAUUCUUCCAUGUUUUGUGAUUGAGUAGCUUCCAACUUGACAUGCUUCUUUUUCAAUAGUUUUUCUCAACUCUACGGGUUGUACUGUUGUGUUAUUUUUAAUAACUUAACUGUUGGUGCCUGAUGUUGUUACAAUGAUUUGCAGAAACGAUCAAUGAUUCCAUAUAGUGCAUUUGUGUCAGGUGUGACUACUGUAUGAAGGGCAUUGUUGGGGAGGGAGAUGGACAAAAAUACUGUGCUUUUAAAUAUUCUAAGGCUGGGUUUGUCUAUAUUUUUAAAUUGACUUUAUAGGGUUCUACAUAUUUCAUAGUAGGUGGUUGUUUAGAGGCUUUUCCCCCCUCUAAUUUUUUACUAACUAUACUGUAUUUCUCUAGUAUGUUACAAGAAUCACCCUUGGAAAGGCCGAGAGUGAGCCCAUUACUCUGAUAGUUUUCAUAGACAGAUGCAUGGAGUAAAUCUAUGGCUGUUCCCUUGGAUUCAUCUUCACAAGUUUGAAAAACAAUUAUCAAACAUUGAGAAAGUUAAUUGUUCACAAUGAGAAAUUUUAAAAAUAAAAGGUCUAAAAUGGUAGCCAUAGCUUAAAUGGGAAAUUAUUAUUCAAUUUAAGAUAGCUUGCAGUGGCCCAAGGUAAUAAACACAUGGAGUUGAUUGAUAACCGCUGUAUUUUCCAACAUUAACAAUUCCAGUAUUUUUGUUCACAAAAAUAAGUUACAUGAACACUCUGAAUGGUUUUCCAAAUCUUCUAAGAAAUUAGUAUGGAUACCAUAAACAUGAUCUAAAUGUAUAUCACAUUAAGCAUAUAUAUAUGCAUAUAUACAUAUAUAUAAUGUGUAAACCUUGGCCCAUCAUAAUAUAUAAAAAUAAGAACACAUUUGAGAUGUGUUGUCAUAAUCUUCUCUGAGGCUUGCAGCAAAAAAAAUCAAAUAUACUUUUCCAAUGAAUUUGUCAGCUUAUGAAAAUAGUGCUCCUUUUAAAAUAAACUCAACCAUAAAAUCAUCUGCUCCCUAUGAAACUACAAAAAUUUCCACUGUGAUGAGUGAAGAAUAAGCUGGAAGAAAAAUGCAGAUCAGAUUGUCUAAGGAUGUGGAUUUAGUGAACCAAUUUUUAUUUGAUGUCAGAGACAAAGGUAUCCUCUUCACAUACACAAAUCCCUACCUAAACUUUCCUAAGAAAAGAUAAAGUUAUUUCUAUUUAAGGAUCCUCACUUUUCCUUUUAUUCUUGUUUGUAAGAUUUUUUUCUUUUCAUAUGAGAUCCUUUUAUACAAUUUCUUUACCUGACUCAUCAUUCUUGGGUUUUUUCUCUCCUAUUGCAGCUUAAUUUUUCUCAUUUCAAAAAAGCAUGUAUAGAGAGAUAAAAGGAUGUCUUUAGAGCAUCCUUAACUACACAGUAAAAGGAAAGAAUGGAAUUCCAUCCCUUUUUAAGUGUGUCAGAAAUAGCUACUAAUAUUUUCUAGCCACCUACAUGCAUGGCCAUGCAUCACUCAUAGACUCUCUGCAGUUUGCUUGAUACAUUUACACAAAUCUGGAUACAUUUAGGGGAAAUACAAAAUUUCCAUAUUUAUCUGUCUUUAAAUAUCUAUUAAAUGAUAACAGAUGUAAACAGAUGAUUAAAUUUAUUAAUCAUAUAUAUUUAUUUUUAUAAUACAACAAAAGGUAUUUAGAAAAAUAAGAAAUAGAAUAAUAUGGUCCAUCAUAGGACUCUGUCUGCAGCAUCUGUAUGCCUUGAUAUAAUAAAUUCUAUAAUAGUAUUUAAAAUUCUGUGGAAUUUACAUUCAGUGAUGGCAAGAUUAAAAAUCUGUUAACUUUCUUCUUUUAAAAGUCUGAUGAUGCAAUUCUAUUUCUAUUUAAUUUGCAUUUCUAUCAUAUGUCUUUCCUAAUUUAUUACAAAAUUCUCUUUCUACUCUCUAUCUCCAUAUCCUCUUCCAAGCUUUAUAAAAUUACAUUUAUAAUUUACCAAGCUAUGAGCAUAAUAAUAUUAAGUGUAAUUGUGAACUUCAUUAUAAACAGAACAAGGCAGAAGUAUGUGCAAAAUUAAACAGAAAUAUUAAAUUAUAAGGAUAUCUAUUUCUUUGCUGCCUAUUUGGUCAUGCACCCUAUGAUUCAAGAGGAAUUAAGAUCUGGGGAUAUUAAGGUUAAAACACCAAAUGCAGUUGGCAAUAUAACACGAAACAAUCUGAGAUUUAUUUGGUGCCUAUGUUCAAUAACUAAAUUUAUUUAAUACAUACAAGUAUAAGAAAAAAUAAGCUAAUGACUUUCAUAAUUACAGUUAGAAAUAACUCCUUAUAUUUAGAAUAUGCAUAUACAUUAUGUACUUGCUUUUAAAAAUCUUAAUCAAUUCUAAUGAGUGAGUUCUUAGAAUUUUGAAAAUCAGACCAUGUAAAUAUUUAUUUUCUCAAAGUCAGCUUCUGGUCUAUAGCCAAAAAAAAUGUACAAUGAAGAAUGAAGACGGUGUAUUUAAAACAUUCAGUUAAAAAAUAUCUGAAAUGAUGACAGUGUAACAGGAAGGAAGAAUUACAGAAAAUUUGCAAAGUUUCUCUGUAACUGCUGAUAAAUGUGUUGUGCAUGCUAUAAUCACAUAUUUAUUACACUGUGUAUCACUUCUUAAAAUCUACCCAGCUACAAACUGAA